UGGUAUUAAACAAAAAACAAUUGCAUAUCUAAUUGACCCUCUUUAGAAAGUAUUACAUGAAUCAGUUGUUUAUGUGAUACUAGUGAAGACAGUAAAAAUAAUAAUGCAAAUCUGCAACAGUUUGAUUGUUCUCAUACAAAUGGUUGCUCUUAUUGAUGCAGUACAUUCUAGUUUCAUCCCAGAAGCGCAUCCGAAUGAAAAAAAUCUUGAAGAAUAUUUGGGUGAUUCAGUAAAACGCUUAGAGUCAAAAACUCUACAAGAAAAAACAUUAAAAGGAGUUAAACCUGACAUUGAAAAAACAGGUGAUAAAAAAUAUGUUAUAACUCCUAUUCCCAAAAAGAAGAAAACUAUGAGUGAAGAUGACGAUUUAUCCGAUCCUUAUUUAGUGAAAUGUCUGAAACAAGAGUCACCAAUAGAAGAGAUAGAAAAGGACAUGGGAAACCCAGAAACUGUCAGAGCAUUUUUAACUUGUGAAGAUGCCAAAGCAAAUAAAACAAAAAAUAUGUCUUCAGAGAACAUCGAGGAGGAGAAAGCACGGCUCGGUGUAAUGCCACCAGAAGAAAUUGCUCCCUCAGAAUCAGAUAUGACUGUAACUGAAGACGGGACUAGCAAAGUACUGAUAGUACGGAUUGAACCUGAAAAAAAGAAAACGGUUGACAUAUCCGAUAUUUCAGUGAAAACAAUUGAAGAGAAGCAAACAUUGAGAGAAAGGGGUGGUCUAGAUAAUUCAGAUGAUACAAUUAAACGUCUGGAACAGGGAGUUAAAUCUCCAGAUACUGACAAAGUGAACGAAGAAUCGAUAAAAAAUAAAAAUGUAUUCGGGGACAUUUCUUUGGUGGAACCAGAAAAGAAGAGACCACUCAAGGGACCCAAAGAGGAAAAAAUGAUAAGUGAAGAUUAUGAUUCAUCCGAUCCCUAUUUAGUGAAAUGUUUGAAACAAGAAUCACCAAUAGUAGGGACAGAAAAUGGAAUGGGAAACCCAUCAACUUGUGAAGAAGUCAUCUCGGUGUUGGAGUACACCGAGAUGAAAAAAGCACGCAAUGGUGUAAUGCCACCAGAAGAAAUUGCUCCAUCAAAUUCAGAUAUGACUGUAACUGAAAACGGUACCAGCAAAGUACUUAUAACACGUAUUGAACCUGACAAUAAGAAAACAGUUGAAAUAUCAGAUAUUUCACUGAAACCACUAGAAGAGAAGAAAACAUCGAGAAAGAGGGAUGCUGUAGAUGAUUCAAGAGGUAAUAUGCCCUUGAAGUACACCGAGGAGAAAAAAGCACGCGACGGUGUAAUACCACCAGAAGAAAUUGCUCUAUCAAAUUCAGGUAUGCCUGUGACUGAAAACGGGACCAGCAAAGUACUUAUAACACGUAUCGAACCUGACAAUAAGAAAACAGUUGAAAUAUCCGAUAUUUCACUGAAACCACUAGAAGAGAAGAAAACAUUGAGAAAAAGGGAUGCUGUAGAUGAUUCAAGAGGUAAUAUGCCCUUGAAGUACACCGAGGAGAAAAAAGCACGCGACGGUGUAAUACCACCAGAAGAAAUUGCUCCAUCUAAUUCAGAUAUGACUGUGACUGAAAACGGGACCAGCAAAGUACUUAUAACACGUAUCGAACCUGACAAUAAGAAAACAGUUGAAAUAUCCGAUAUUUCACUGAAACCACUAGAAGAGAAGAAAACAUUGAGAAAAAGGGAUGCUGUAGAUAAUUCAGAUGAUACAGUGAAACGCCUGGAACAGGGAGAGCCAAACAACCUUCUGGCAAAGGUUUUGGGCAUACCAAUAUCAUCGACAACGGAAACUGCGGUUGUUGAGAUAGCAAAUAACACAGAAAUGAAGCCGGGUCUUGAAUCAGAACGAACAGUUACCAAUCAACAACUACUCAGUAAUACAACUUCCAGUACAUUGGACAAACCAACCAUAGAAGUGUUUCGAAUGGAAAGUACGACGAUCAAUUCGAAAAGUGGCAACAACUCUGACGCUGAUUCCAGAGUAAAAAUACAAGGAACUAACCAACUACCAACAGACUCUCCAAAAUUUCAAAUACAAGUAGAUACAACCAUAUCAACGAAAGAACCUGGAACAUUUGAAGAAAGAACUCAGAUGGAAGUAACACAAACCGAAAAACCAACCCUCUUUGGAAGAAUGAAGCACAACCGCCACAGAAAGUUACACUCGGAGGAGAACGAGGAAGACAAACCAGUCGGUUCCGUCCCUUGCACUUGCGGAGUGUUCUUGAGCGGGCAGUUUAAGAAAGGGUCGAAGCAGCAACCGAAGGGGUUGCCGGUUUUAACGCAGGAAAUGGACAACCCUUUCAUGAAUAAUGCAAUGGGCAGUCGACAGUGCACGAACAAGUGCUUGGAGUUGAUUAUCAAACACCUGCCAAAGAGUAGCGAGAUCAUUUGCGCUACGGUUGACAGAGAGAACGUCUUCAAAGAGAGAGCCUACCUAUUCAUAAAAAACCACAGUGACAAAUGGCACGGAACCAAUCUGUCAGCUGGAAGAGAGUUUUGUUGCAGAGAUAACACGCCAUACAAGUGCCCGGCGAGCUAGUGAUUGAUGAAGUUUUUAAUAAAAACGUUUCACGCAAUAA